CAUCCAAGCAAAACAUCUGACGAGGUAAACAUACACACGCCGACUUGGGUAUGUGAAGCAUUUUUCGUUGCUUGUGAACAACAAUGCCAAUGUCACCCGGAUGAUGCAAGCAGGAACGGACGAAUACGAAUUCGACUAUGCUAACCAGGAGUGCGGCCGAGUGCAGGCAGCAGCGGGCAGCGGCAGCAAGAAGGGAAGGAGAGCUUCGACUGGUUCGUCGGGAGCGCGGAAGAGGAUCGACAUGAAGGUCAAGCUGGAACGCAGCCGGCAGAGCGCACGGGAGUGUCGGGCGCGGAAGAAGCUUCGGUACCAGUACCUCGAGGAGCUUGUGGCGAGUCGCGAGCGUGCUGUGCUUGCACUACGCCACGAACUUGAUCUCUACCGUCAGUACAUCAGGGAUAUUGAUGAAGGCAACAUUCCUGAGGAGGUGUGGCGUCUGCUCCAGGAAGAAGAUAACGUUAAGCUGGAGGAUGAGGACGUCCAGGAUAUUGAGUGACGGAAUAUUUGAAACGUGUUUCGUUGGAAAAAUAAAUGUUUACGUCCGUCGUUUCA